UCCCCACUGGAGCCAUCCCACCAGGACAGAGGAGCAGGUGUGGCCUCGUGGGUGCCUUCGGAACCGCUCCGCUCGUGGGUACAGAGGAAUCUGAGAUGAAAGAGAACUAGAUUCUGAUGAUCAUCUUGUCACUGUUGCUGUCACCUGUGUUGACAGGAUAAAAAACUUUAACAUGCCUCGUAGCCCUACAUCAAGUGAAGAUGAAAUGGCACAAAGCUUCUCUGACUAUUCUGUUGAGUCUGAAUCAGACAGCUCCAAAGAAGAAACUAUUUAUGACACAAUUAGAGCAACUGCAGAAAAGCCAAGCAGCAGAAUGGAAGACAGUCAGAGCAACACUUUAGUGAUUCGAAUUAUCAUACCUGACUUGCAGCAAACGAAAUGCAUUCGGUUUAACCCGGAAGCUUCAGUGUGGGUUGCAAAGCAGCGGAUUUUGUGCACUUUGAACCAGAGUUUGAAAGAUGUCCUGAAUUAUGGACUGUUCCAGCCUGCAAGCAAUGGGAGAGAUGGGAAGUUUUUGGAUGAGGAAAGACUUCUGAGGGAAUACCCACAGCCAGUCAAUAAAGGAGUUCCUUCACUCGAGUUUCGCUACAAGAAAAGAGUGUACAGACAGUUCAACCUUGAUGAAAAGCAGCUGGCCAAGCUUCACACCAAGGCCAAUUUGAAAAAGUUUAUGGAUCAUGUCCACCAUCUCUCUGUGGAAAAAAUGACCAAGAUGUUGGACCGAGGACUGGACCCAAACUAUCAUGACUUAGAAAGUGGAGAAACACCCCUAACUUUGGCAGCUCAGCUUGACAACACAGUAGAAGUGAUAAAAGCCCUGAAAAAUGGAGGAGCACAUUUAGACUUCAGAGCCAAAGAUGGAAUGACAGCCCUGCACAAAGCAGCCAGAGCCAAGAACCAAGUAGCCCUCAAGACCCUUUUAGAGCUGGGAGCAUCUCCCAACUACAAGGACAGCUGUGGCCUGACCCCGCUGUACCACACAGCCGUGGUGGGAGGGGACCCUUUCUGCUGUGAGCUCUUGCUCCAUGAACAUGCUACAGUCAGCUGCAAGGAUGAAAAUGGAUGGCAGGAAAUACAUCAGGCUUGCAGGUACGGCCACGUCCAACACCUGGAGCACCUCCUGUUCUACGGCGCUGACAUGUGCGCGCAGAACGCCUCGGGGAACACGGCCCUGCACAUCUGUGCCCUCUACAACCAGGAGAGCUGUGCAAGGGUGCUGCUGUUCCGGGGAGCCAACAAGGAGAUCAAGAAUUACAACAGCCAGUCUCCAUUUCAGGUGGCUAUAAUAGCGGGAAAUUUUGAGCUUGCUGAAUACAUCAAGAAUCACAGGGAAGCUGAUAUUGUGCCCUUUAGGGAGGCUCCCACCUACUCCAACAGGAGGAGGAGGCCUCCCAGCACCUUGGCAGCCCCCCGGAUCCUGCUCCGCUCCAACAGCGACAACAACCUGAACAUCAACAACCUCCCUGAGUGGUCAGCCUCCUCCUCUGCCUCUUCACACCGCAGCCUUUCCCCUCACCUGCUCCAACAGAUGCAGAAUAAUCCCAAUGGAACUGUAAAAACUGUGGGGAGUUACACUCCGUCCUCCCGGAGCCGCUCGCCGUCCCUCAACAGGCUGGGAGAGGAUGCCAAGAGGCAGCAGCACAGGCACAUCAGUGCCGUUUACAGUCCCAGUGCCAACAAAGAUACUCUGUCUGCCUUGGAUUAUCAGGGUCCCAAAAGGAAGCUCUACAGUGCUGUCCCUGGGAGACUUUUUAUUGUUGUAAAGCCAUAUCAACCUCAAGGGGAAGGGGAAAUUCACCUGCACAAAGGAGAUAGAGUCAAAGUGCUGAGCAUCGGAGAAGGCGGAUUCUGGGAAGGCAGCACCCGGGGACAUAUUGGCUGGUUUCCUGCAGAGUGUGUGGAAGAAGUUCAGUGCAAACCAAAUGAAAGCAAACCAGAAACGCGAGCAGAUAGAACAAAGAAGCUGUUUAGACACUACACUGUUGGAUCCUAUGACAGCUUUGAUGCUUCAAGUGACUGCAUAAUAGAAGAAAAGGCAGUGGUCCUGCAGAAAAAAGACAAUGAAGGAUUUGGAUUUGUGCUCAGAGGGGCAAAAGCUGACACACCAAUUGAAGAAUUCACCCCAACUCCAGCCUUUCCUGCUUUGCAGUACUUGGAAUCUGUGGAUGAAGGGGGAGUAGCAUGGCAAGCUGGCCUGAGAACUGGAGACUUUUUGAUCGAGGUUAAUAAUGAGAAUGUAGUGAAAGUUGGCCACAGGCAGGUGGUGAACAUGAUUCGACAGGGGGGCAAUCACCUCGUGCUGAAGGUUGUCACAGUAACCAGGAAUCUUGAUCCCGAUGACACAGCAAGGAAGAAAGCCCCACCACCUCCUAAGCGAGCUCCAACCACUGCACUGACCCUGCGCUCUAAGUCCAUGACCUCAGAGCUUGAAGAGCUUGCUUCAGUACGGAAGAAGAAGGAUAUUCUCCCUUCACAUUUUGAAGGUUUGAAGAAGAGGAUUGUUUUUCGAGUCACACUAAAUAAGGUGGAUGAAAUAGUGCCAGUUUCCAAGCCAUCAAGAAUUGCAGACAAUGCAACUGUGGACUCCAGAGUGGCAACUAUAAAACAGCGGCCUUCUAGUAGAUGUUUUCCUUCAGAUAUGAAUUCCAUGUAUGAGAGACAGGGUAUUGCUGUGAUGACACCCACUGUCCCAGGGAGCCCUCAAGGUCCUUUUCUGGGUAUACCUCGGGGUACAAUGAGAAGACAAAAAUCUAUAGGAAUAACGGAGGAAGAGCGGCAGUUUCUGGCCCCUCCUAUGCUGAAGUUUACCAGAAGUCUUUCCAUGCCUGACACCUCUGAAGAUAUCCCACCACCACCACAGUCCUUACCUCCCUCACCACCGCCACCUUCCCCCUCUCUGUACAACUCCCCCAAAUCCCUGACCUCCCGGAGCUACGGAACGAUCAAACCUCCAUUUAACCAGAAUUCAGGUGCAAAAAUCUCUUUGGUUCGGCCCGAGAGCGUGGGGACGAUGAUCAGGGACAAAGGGAUCUAUUACCGGCGGGAGCUGGACCGGUACUCCCUGGACUCGGAAGACCUGUACAACCGGAGUGCCGCAGCUCAGGCCAAUUUCAGGAGCAAGAGGGGCCAGAUGCCGGAAAACCCCUAUUCUGAGGUCGGGAAGAUUGCCAGCAAAGCUGUUUACGUGCCGGCCAAGCCAGCCAGGAGGAAGGGGAUGCUGGUGAAACAAUCCAACGUGGAGGACAGUCCAGAAAAGACCUGCUCUAUUCCAAUCCCAACCAUCAUCGUCAAAGAGCCAUCCACCAGCAGCAGCGGGAAAAGCAGCCAAGGGAGCAGCAUGGAGAUCGAUCCCCAGUCUUCGGAGCAGCCCGGACAGCUCCGGCCUGACGACAGCCUGGGAGUCAGCAGCCCGUUCGCAGCAGCCAUCGCAGGGGCCGUGAGGGACAGGGAAAAGAGGCUGGAGGCGAGGCGCAAUUCCCCGGCCUUCCUCUCCACAGACCUGGGAGACGAGGACGUUGGAUUGACCCCACCGACACCACGGAUGAGGCAGUCCAAGUUCACCGAGGAGGCGAUGUUCAGCGGCGAGGAUGGUUUCAGACAGCUCAUGUCGCCAUCUCCGAUCCCCACCCCCAGGGAGCCCCCCGAAAACCUUUUUAACAGCAGCGAGCCCAGCAGCCAGAGCGACUCAAGGACAUUGAACGCUCCGUCCAAAACGAAAGGCACUGACAACAGCAUGGGGGCAGCCAAGCCCACGAGUGCUCCCAGCUCGGAUAGCUACGUCCACCCGGUCACAGGGAAGCUGUUGGAUCCAAACUCUCCACUUGCCCUCGCACUCUCUGCCAGGGACAGAGCCAUGAAAGAGCAGACACAGCAGAUUCCAGGCAAAGGGGACGCAGUCAAAACCGACCUUAACAAACCGCUUUACAUCGACACCAAGCUGAGACCCAACAUGGAAACGACUUUUCCUGUUACUGCCACUGUCACCAGGCAAAAUACCCGCGGCCUGUUGAGACGGCAGGAGACUGAGAACAAGUACGAGAUGGAUGCAGGGAAAGAAAAGAAAGCUGAGGAGAAGAAGAACAUGUUGAUCAACAUCGUGGAUACCUCGCAGCAAAAAUCAGCUGGCUUGUUGAUGGUGCACACAGUGGAUACGGCGAAGUCAGAUGAUAUGCCCGAGGAUGAGGAGGAAAAGGGAGCUGAGAUGGAGCCGAGCCCUGAGAACUCCCCGCCGGAGAGGCCGGAGGGCAGCGAGGAAGCGGAGAGCGAGCUGAGCGUCCCUGCCGCGCCCGAGGCCCCAGCUUCUCCAUGCAAAACCAUCGUGGCCGCCAGCUCUGUGGACGACCCUGUCAUCCUGCCUUUCCGCAUCCCCCCGCCGCCCCUGGCCUCGGUGGACAUCGACGAGGAGUUCCUGUUCACUGAGCCGCUGCCCCCUCCCUUGGAGUUUGCCAACAGCUUCGACAUCCCCGACGACCGCGCGGUGCCCGGCUCGGCGCUGACAGACCUGAUGGCGCAGAGGAAGAACGGCACCCCUUCGCCCAGCCAGCCAGCAAACUCCUUGGAUGGCAAAAAGCAAGCGGGUCUCUCAAACUGUUUGCCUGCAUCUUUCCUGCCACCCCCCGACAGCUUCGACAACGUCGCCGACUCUGGCAUUGAGGAGGUCGACAGUCGGAGCAGCAGUGACCAUCACCUAGAGACAACCAGCACUAUCUCAACGGUGUCCAGCAUCUCUACCUUAUCCUCGGAAGGGGGGGAGAACGUGGAUACUUGUACAGUCUAUGCAGAUGGGCAAACAUUUCUGGUGGACAAACCCCCAGUACCUCCUAAGCCAAAAAUGAAGCCCAUAAUCAACAAAAGCAAUGCACUUUACAAGGACGCGCUGAUCGAGGAAACUGUAGACAGCUUUGUGAUCCCUCCUCCCGCUCCGCCCCCGCCUCCCAUCAGUGCCCAGCCCAACCUGGCGAAAGCUGUCCCCCAAAGGACAUCCAAGCUUUGGGGGGACGUGCCGGAGGUGAAAAGCCCGAUUCUCUCAGGCCCCAAGGCUAAUGUCAUUAGUGAAUUGAACUCAAUACUCCAGCAAAUGAACAGAGAGAAAUCCUCAAAGCCAGGGGAGGGAUUGGAGUCGCCAACUGGAACGAAAACUGCGAGUCUCAGUACAAGGAGCACGGAAGUCAUGAGUACUGUCUCAGGUACACGAAGUACAACAAUCACUUUCACUGUCCGACCCGGAGCCAGCCAGCCGAUCACACUGCAGAGCAGGUCCCCAGACUAUGACAGCAGGACCUCAGGAGCGAGGCACGCUCCCAGCCCUGUGGUUUCACCAACAGAGAUUAAUAAAGACAUCCUGCCUGCUCCUCUGACUGCUUCUGCUUCAGCCUCAUCUCCUUCUCCAACUCUGUCCGAUGUAUUUAGCCUACCCAGCCAGCCCCCUUCUGGGGACUUAUUUGGCUUGACCACAGGGCGCAGCAGGUCUCCUUCUCCCUCCAUAUUACAACAGCCAAUCUCAAAUAAGCCUUUUACAACUAAGCCUGUCCACCUGUGGACUAAACCAGAUGUGGCAGAUUGGUUGGAAAGUCUAAACUUAGGUGAACAUAAAGAAACAUUUAUGGACAAUGAAAUAGAUGGCACACAUUUACCAAAUCUACAGAAGGAAGAUCUGAUAGACCUUGGAGUGACUAGAGUUGGGCACAGAAUGAACAUAGAAAGAGCUUUGAAGCAGCUGCUGGACAGAUAAGAAUAGCUAUCUUGCCUCACAACCUUCUGUUGAUAACUAGAGAUGGGCUGGUACUGACAUACCCCAAAUGCCUUGUCUGUCUGCGAGUGCCAGCAAAAUUGGGGGGGAGGGGGAAAACAGAUGAAUUCCUGGUACUCAGGAGAUGUAGACUGUCUGCUACAUGCCCAAACACAAACCUAAAGAUGCUAAAGAAGUGGGGCCAUUUUAUUUCAAAGCUGUGGGGAGAUGUGAGAGAGAGACAAUUGUUAACUUUAAAACUCUUGAUACUGCCCUUGGCUGGGAGCGUGGCGUGAUGAUUUUCUUUUAAAAUGGCAAACAUUUCAGGGUUUCUUUUACUGACAGAAAAAGAAAAUGCAUUUUAUUUUAUUCUCUUCUUGACAUUCAGUCUCCAAGCAGGCUGCCUUCCCCAGCCCUUGGUUCAUUUUAAGAGGACAGGGUUGCUCCAUUACCACUCAAACCCAGUUUUAUCAGUAGCAGGGAUUUUGAGGCAGGCACAGGAGUUCAUAUUCCUCUUUUUUUACUGGCAUAGCUCCCUGAUCUGUUGGCAGUGAAGCUGGUUGUUCUGCUGGGGUCAGUCCAAUGGUAACCUUGCUCUGUUUUACCUAGUAUUUCUUUAUUUCUGCAGUGGUAUUUAGCACUCUUCCAAGGUGGCAGAACAAGUGCAGUGCACGCUCCAUUGACGUGGCCUGCAGGACGGUGCAGACGUUGAGUAAAGGCUGAGGAGGGACCACACUUAGAGGUACAGCAAAGUGAAGCUAGUUUGAACCUGAGACCUCCCCCCAGUUCUCAACCAGCUCAGCUGAUGCUGAGUCAAAAUAUGAACUCCACGAGCCAGGACAAACUUUGGGCACAGCUUUGGGACUUGACAGUGAGACACUGAGAGAGGCUGAGCCCUGGGAGGUGCUGCUUAAUUCAGUGAGUGGUAAGUGCCUGGGUAUUUUGAACAGCAGGCUGAGAAGGAAAGAGAAGAGAGAUGAAUGUUCCCAUUGAAGUCAGUGGGAAGUGUGCCAGGAUCUGAAGUGAGAGAGGGAUUUCAGCCUGUUAGGAUGGAAAUGCUUCAGAUCCUUGAGAGGAGGCAGAGAGGUGAUGCCAAGCUGGAAAGAGCUGCCGAGUGUCUCGGGGUGCGAGGGCUGGGGAGGGAUCCAGGCGCUCCUUUUGUCACUGCUGGCAGGAGCUGGCUCUGGACAAGGACCCAGGGCCGGGCACUGGCCCCCAGCCCAUUCCUUGGCACGAGAAGUGGGAGCACCCUGCCAGAAUCCGGGGCUGGGAGCGGGGCAGACAGAACUUUCUGGGAGACUUCUGUUAGCAGGGGAGAAACACCCAUGGCUGCUUUACAUGGCUUUGUUUUUUUAAAAAAAAUUAUUAUUAUUAUUUUUUUCAACUUUCAAGUUAACAAGUCUCUCUCUGCAUGUUUGAACUCCCCCUUGAAAUUAACACCUCUGAAUAUCUGUGAGUUUUGUAGGACUUUCUGGACAGAAUAUUCAAGAUGUUCAAGGUGGGUAAAUUGGGUGUGGAUGGCUAAACUGCCUCCCUACCAAACUUUCAGGUUCCCUUACAUUUUGCAAGGUACCUGAACUUUCUUUCCUUGAUAUGGUCCUUGAUAUGGUCCAGCCUAUCUCUAAUUUUUUUAUUAUUGUGAUUAUUUUUUGCUCACAAACAAGUGUCUAAUUAGGUCUGCAACAGCCCUAGUAUGAGUACAUAAAGUUUAGCAUUUUAAAUAUCUUUCUUUACUGCAAGUUUAAAUAGUUGUACAGAUAGUUUAUAAGCACAAUAUUUUAAGAAAAUAAGUGGCUGGUCUACUGGGCAGCCUUUGUGCCACUUCAGUGCUAGGAAGUUAAAAAGAGAAAAAAAAAAACAAACAAAAAAAAAAAAAAAAAAAGAAAAAAAAACUUUUUGUGGUUUACUACUAUUUCUGUGGAAUAAUUAUAAAGUCUUGACCUUUUUAAAAUCAACCUCAUUUGGAUGCAUCUGAACCAGCAGAGCUGUGUUAUAUUUUCUAUCUUUGCUAGAACUUCUACAGAGGAGGAUGAAUAUUUCUUCAAAAGUGGUUACAGUUACCAACACAUUGGAAACUCAUAAAAAUCAACUUAUUUAAGCCUCCUGCCCCCUUUAUGGAACAGCAAAUCUUUUGACUUAACAUCUGUUACUGCACUCUGUUUGUAUUUGGGGAGUUCCAAGGAACCUUGACAUUAAAACGAAGCACUGAGGCUGUUUUCCUGUCGAGGAGUGCUGAGUUUUUCCAUGGGAGGUGUAGAAAAUGGCAGUUCCACUCAGAUAGGUCGAUGCAGGCAACUUGAGGCCAUCACACACUUUAAGAAGUGAAAAAAAGAAAAAAAAAAAAAAAAGAAAAGGUAAUUUAGCCAUCUUUUGUCUUCCAUUUGGUGAUACAACAGAAUUCAGUAAAUAAACCACUGAUGCCAUGCUCUCUCUUAUUUUUUUUUUUUUAAUUUUUUUUUGUUUGUUUCUUUGGGUACAGUUGCUAUUACCUCUAUAACACGUGCCAGAAAUACGUUAGGAAAUAAAUACAGUAGUAAAAGAAAAAAAAAAAACAAAACCGUAGAAGUUGACUUUUAAAGCUGCUUUUUUUGGAUCACAACCUUCCUGUUGGUUGAACUUGCCCUGAGCAAGGCUGACACACCCAGUGGCUCCCGGGUGGGACCGUCCCUUCCUCACACAGGUGUGGCUCCUGCUCGGGCAUCUCUUCAGGUACUCCAAGGGCAGGUGCGAAAACGAGCAGAUGAAAGAGCUGAAAGGGAAUAGUUUUAUUUUUCACCUUGUGUCCUGUGAAGCAAACAGGUAAGGAGACCUGAGGGGACCUCCUUGGAGCACCAGAAUGCACCUCUGCCAAGUCGAGUUCGGUCUCCAGCUCUGAGGGGUGGUUUGAAACAAAAAAAAGAAAGCAAUAGUAACAGAUAACGCCGUGGCCUCCGAGUAUUUUCACCAGGGGGGAGGAGAGAAGACCCAUUUCUUUCAUGCUACUCUGAUAGUGAAAAACAAAGUCAUUAGAGAUCUAUGAUAUUCUGGGUUUUAGGAUCAACUUUUGUUUAUAUACUGUAAUUUAAAUAAAUUGCAUUUACAUGCCUAGUUUCUGUAAUAUUUGUGUAUACAAUACCAAAAUCUUACAAGAUGUAAAUUGUGUAUAACUGCACAGACUCCUUGCCCUAGGUGUCUGAGAACAUUUUAAGUUUAAUUCAUAUAUUAUAAAAUGACUAGAUGUGACUGUUGAUUUACAGAAUUUACAUAUCACAAAGAAGUUAAUUAUUUGUGGUACUUAAGUUAAUAAAAAAAUAGUGAUUUUUUUUUUCUUUUCCUCUCAGUUCUUAGAAAGCAUUACCCAGUUGAUCUGGCGAUGAUUAUGUGUAUGAGCCACAAAUAUUGAUAAUUUUUCCAUUACAUUUUUUCUUUUCUUUUCUAGAUACUAAUAUGUUUCUCGCUAUAGUUUGUGUAACAACUUGUGUUCACGUUAUCUAUGUUGCUGUAAUUUUUGUGCUUUAAUUCCUCUUAUUUCGACUGAUUAAAAAAAAAAAAUCAAGCUCCUGUAACUUGCACUUUUCCCCAAUCCUUAAUACUCUUGUAUGGCAACCAAAAUUACUGUAAGAAAUAAAUAUAAUAUUGCA